UAUAAAUUUCUUUCAUUUUUUUUUCUUUUUCGCUGGAUCGGUUAAGUAAUGGAUAAGAAAAAGGGUGCUGCUCCCCUUGUUUGCCAUGGUCAUUCUCGUCAAGUUGUGGAUUUGUUUUACAGCCCAAUUACUCCAGAUGGGUUCUUCCUCAUCAGUGCGAGCAAGGAUUCCAAUCCAAUGUUGAGAAAUGGAGAGAUUGGUGAUUGGAUUGGAACCUUUCAAGGGCAUAAAGGUGCAGUUUGGAGUUGUUGUUUGGAUAAACCUGCUCUACAUGCUGCAUCUGCAUCUGCUGAUUUUAGUGCGAAACUAUGGGAUGCAUUAAGUGGGGAUGAAUUGCAUUCAUUUGAGCACAAACACAUAGUUCGGGCAUGCUCCUUUUCAGAGUUGCUGUUGUCCCUAUGGGUGGCCAAAUGUCCUUUUAUGAUUGCUGAAGGGAGCUAA